AGCUGUUUCGGCUCCUCAAUGAGAGCCGCGGCAGAUUCCCCGUUCUUAGCCGAUAGUGAACAUUGAAUCGCUCCGAAAAGUCCUCCGGAGGCACCGGCGGCCAUGGUGACAGCCAUGGUGGCCAGUCUUUUCAUCGUUGUGCCAGUUCAGGCCAUGACUAUGACACCCACCUCAGCUGGGAGCCUUUUGGCUGACCCAGAGGACGGUGCGAUGGCGACGUCGCGGCUUCGGGUGCCGGCGCCCUUUCGGUGGACCCGAACGGAGCAGUCGCAAUGCGAAGCGCCCUUGAUGCCUGGGACGCAAAUGUACUUGACACCGUUGGGCUCUUCCAUGGUGGGUGGCCAAUGGGGUGCCUGGCAACUCACAGAUGAUCCCAGCGCGCCCACGACUGGCUCGUGGAGGUUGAACUUUAUGUCCAAAGAUUGGCAAACGAUUCGCAUCUCGAGCUCCUCCGGGAACUUGUCCAGUACGGUGAAGCCGACGACGAUAGAUGAACUGCGAGGGACGUACCAGUGGCUACCAGAAGACCCGGGCGUUUUGGGCCUAUCCAGCUGGUCUUUUGUGGAAGAUCUCUUAGCCCCGAGCGUGGCAUUGCACUACGCGAACCUCAACUACUCAGUGGCGCAGGAUCCCAACAGCUUCCCGCCCACCUUCACCGGGUCUCCCUCCCUGGCCGCCUCCUCCGCCCUGGCGCCCGCGGAGUGGCAAUACUGGUCGGUGGCCGAUUGCAAGGACGUCCUGAUGGCGGUCUUCGCUAUUGAAGUGACCAAUGGGACCAAGCCGGGGCGCAGCAUGAUUUACAACGCAUACGGCCAGAAAGCUUCCGAAGUGGUGCCCGAUGCGUUGAUGGCGCGCUACUCGUUCGUCGAUGUCAAUCAACGUUUGCUCGCCACAGCAGAAGCGCCGACGUUGGGUUCGAACCUUCCCCUCUCGGACGUGCCAAAGAGGCCUAACUUGGGCAACAUCCUUCCAUAUUCGAUCAGCUUUGAGCAGGGAGGCUAUGACUUCUCCAGUGACCUUUUGAAGAAGGAAUUCCGAUGGAUUCUGAGUGCAGCGGUGCAAGCGCGUGCACUGCAAGAUGCCAACUAUGGCUUCACUCCACUGUUCAUCAGGGACAACUACUUUCUCCUGGCUGUGGCCGUCGCUCUGGCGCUGAUCCUGGCGUUGGUCAUGGGGACCAUCUUCGCGGGCUCCUUGAGGACGGCCGGUCGAAUCUUCUUCCAUCGGGACAAGACUCCGGGCUCUCCUCCCCUCUUCGCACGGGACUUUCCAUGACGAGACCCGGAACCAGUUCAGCGCUCCGCGGCCGGAAGGUUCCGCUGAAGUAGGGGCGGAGCACAAAACGGAUUGAAUGCAGCGAGGAAGAAAACACGGCGGAAAUGGACGGACAUGGGAGUCGUUGCACCUUGGUUUGACAGGCACAACGCAAACCAAUGUGGUACUUCUUGGUUUGGGAUGGUUUGGGGC